CUCUCUCUCUCUCCCUCUCUCUCUCUCGCUCUCUCACUCUCUCCUGUCAUUGCUGCACCCUGGAGGCUUUACAUGCCGUGGUCACAUUUCCUUCAGCGGAGCUAACGGUAUUAUGACUGCCCUGUGUCGCCUGGUCCAAAGGACACUUCUGAACGGCUGGACGUCGUGUCAUCCGUGUCGUAUAUUGGCCGGACAGAAGAACGUGCGCGCGGCCAGCUCGUCCAGCCCAGUCAACUUGACCUAUGACGUCUUUGAUGGGAAGGGGGACAGCACGCCGCUGGUCUUCCUGCAUGGCUUGUUUGGCAGCAAAUCAAACUUCCACUCCAUCGCCAAGUCGUUAGUUCAGCGUACAGGUCGAAAGGUGUUGACAGUUGAUGCUCGUAACCAUGGCAACAGCCCCCACAGCUCAGCACUGACAUAUGAGGCCAUGAGCAGUGACUUGAAGCACCUCCUCUCCCAGCUGCGCAUUGACAAGUGCAUCCUGAUUGGACACAGCAUGGGUGGGAAGACGGCGAUGACCACCGCCCUGAUACAGCCCUCACUGGUGGAGAGGCUGGUGGUGGUGGACAUCAGUCCGUCUCAGACCAACACCAGGACCAACUUCCACUCUUACAUCCACGCCAUGCAGGACGUGAAGAUCUCCACAGACCUCCCACGCUCCACCGCCAGGCGCAUGGCGGAGGACCAGCUCCGCAAGACGGUCAAGGAACACUCAGUGCGUCAGUUCCUGCUCACUAACCUGGUGGAGCACAACGGUCACUACACCUGGAGGGUCAACCUGGACGCCAUCUCGGCUCAUCUUGAUGACAUCAUGAGCUUCCCCAGCUUUGACGCCGCCUACAGCGGACCCACGCUGUUUCUGGGCGGAGCCAGUUCUGCUUACAUUAGCUCUGAGGAUUACCCAGAAAUCCAGCGGCUGUUCCCAAGCGCAGACAUCCAGUACAUUCCAGACGCCAGCCACUGGAUCCACGCAGACAAACCUCUAGACUUCAUCAGCUCCAUCAUCUCCUUCCUUCAGUCCUAGCCGCACGUCAAGGAUGGAACCUUUAGAACCGCCCCACAAAGCACCGAAACGUGAGGUGAGAACUCACAUGGAAUAAGUUGACGAAGUAGACAGCAGCUGCUUCAAUUAGUGACAACAUGUUCUGAUCCAGUCCUGGUUCCACUGGACCACCGUGCUGACUGAUGAUGACAGCUCAAGCCUUGUACGCGGUCAGAACAGGAAUUUGUUUGACUUUUCUUAAAGUCUUGUCAGUUGUUGCACAGUUCCAAGUGCAGGGGUGUCCAAAGAGCAGCCUUGGGGCCAUUUUUGGCACACAGCUUAGUUAUUUAUUAUUAACCCUCAGCAUAUAGUAAGAAUAAAAUGUAUGAAUUAUUAAUUAGAUAUAUUAUUAGAUAUUACACUUUGUCAUCUAUAAUAGAGAUAAGAUGUUGGUGUUUUGUUUUGGGUUCUUUCAUUUUCUGUAUGUGACCCUCAUUACACCCCUGACCUAGUGCAUACUACCAAGUGCAUGCUACAUGCUACAUGCUACAGCGUCACUACGCUGCUGAAUUUUAAGACCAGUUGAGAAAUUGCAAGAAUGACAUUUUGCACUGUUGGAUCUGAAAGAGGUUCUCAGUACAGCUUCAAAAUGCAAAAAGAAGAAAUGGGAGGAACCAAUUUCUUUUGCAAACAAGCAUUCAAGUGAAGUAGAGAGUCGGUC